AUGGCUGAGUGGAAGGAUGUUCUUGGCUCAGGCAUUCCAAAGACUGCUAGCCCAAAUGUUGCGCCACGAAAGGAACUGCGUGACUUGACAAGCGAAGAACGAUAUCUGUUUGCGGAAGGUCUUGCCAGAUUUCAGCAGAAAGAUCUCGCCAAGGAAAAGCAGCCUGCAGACAGCUACUAUGAGAUAGCAGAAGGUAUCCACGGUCUGCCUUAUCGCCGAUGGCCCGAUGAGGGCUGGAAUGAGGACAUGUCUGCAGACCCUGUGGAAGGCGCUCCGGGAUUUUGCACUCACACUUCUAUAUUGUUCCUCACCUGGCAUCGUCCAUUCCUUGCCCUGUUCGAGUCGAAACUCUGGGAGAACGUUCAAAUCAUUGCCAAGGGAAUCAGUCCUUCAGACGGCCAAGAUCGCUACGUUGCUGCCGCGGGAACGUUUCGGCUUCCUUACUGGGAUUGGGCGAGAGUCGACAGGUUCAUCUUCCCCACUGAGGCCCUGGAUCAAAAGCAGAUUUGGUGGUCGGGCCCAAACUCCAAAAAUUCUGUAUGGCCAAGCUCGGGAAAGUACAACCCUUUGCAUCAAGCUCCAUUGCCAGCUACUGCAGACAAAGGGAUUCUCUACUACGGCAACCCUACAAGGCGCCAGAACAAAGGAGAAUCCCAACUUUCAGACAAAGACCGCGAUGACAGUAUGUGGGAGCGGGUCAAGAAAGUACAGACGCAACAUUCUGGCGCUACCAUCUACGCACGAGAUGUGGUAGCUGCCCGGAACCUGUCUGAGCGGGUGGCUAAUCUGCUUGGUGGCUAUCAACGCUUCGCACCCAUCUCAUCAAAUGGAUUCUCUUUUGAUCAAACCAAGGCACAGCGCACUGCUCGCAAAGAGGUAUGGGGAAGUCUGGAAGAUGUCCACAACGCAAUACACGAUCUGGUCGGUAACGGGGGGCACAUGGGACAGAUCUCGGCAUCAGCGUUUGAUCCCAUCUUCUGGUUACACCAUUGUAACAUUGAUCGACUUUUCGCUCUGUGGCAAGGUCUGCGAGAAGACAAGAGCAAGCCCGACACCUGGGUUACCGACCAUGAGUUCACUGAAAGGUCGACAACGUAUCUCAAGACGACCGACACAGGACCGGAUGGAGACCAGACGGAACUCUACCCAUUCAAAUACCUCGAUGAGAACAACAACCUCCAAUGGUACACAUCGGCGCAGACUCACAAUGUUGAAGAUUUCAACUAUACCUAUCCCGAGCUCCAGGGCCUUCAUGGGGUGCCAUUAGAUCAGAGACGAAGCAAAAUCAUUCCUGCCAUUGGGAAGCUAUACCCACAGCCUGCCGACGAUAUUGCAGCAAGUUUCCUCAAGAACCCUCGAGCCGGCGAGCGCAUGGUUCCCGUGGCCAGGAUGAUGAGGACGUUGAAAGAAGAAAACAUUUCCGCGACUGCGGAAAGUGCCUUUGAACUCGUUGCUGAUCUCCCCGAGCCAGCAAAACUCCUGGAAGAAUCUCUGCAGCCUGAGAAGCCUUUUCUGCGCGAUCUGGCUCCGGAUGGAAAGUACUUGGACUGGAUCGUCAACAUUAAGGGCGAGAAGCACGCCCUUGAUGGCAAGUAUGCUGUUUAUGUCUUCCUGGAUGCUGUACAAGAGAAUGAUGUCAGCUUGUGGCCUCUCUCUCCUCACUUCGUCGGUGUCUUCGCUCCGCUGGGCCAAGAUGGAAACACAGGUUGCAGUAAAUGCAAGUCAGGCCAGGCAGACAAGCUCGAGGUCACGGGCCAGAUUCCACUCACGAUCGCAUUGAUGGAAAGAUACCUGGCGCAGAUCAUCCCUGAUAUCACUGUCGACACAGUUGUGCCUUAUCUGCAGAAGAAUCUGCACUGGAGAGUCGCGGUGGACAAGCAAGCUUUGGACGAUAGAUCGCAAGUACCAGGCCUGACUGUAUUCGUCAUCUCGAACGAAGUCACUGUGACUGAGCCGGUGGAUGAGCUGCCGGUGUUUGCGGACGAUGUGACCAUCCAUGCAGAGGCGACAACGAACCGUGAUGGCUCGGGCAGAGGCAACGGUACUGGUUUGGCCGUGGGCGAGGAUGGCACCGAGAGGACCACAACUGGAUAG